UCCCCCCCACCGGGUGUCUCGCGCUCGGACAGUCCCCCUCCUGGCUCGGUCGCUCGCUCUCCCUCCCUCCACGCGGGAGGGCGGCGACGAGGCAACGCCGUAUGUGAGUGAGGUCUCUUGUUUGUUCCCAGAACAAGUGGCUGCUGAGAAUGGGGACGCUUUCCUUGUCCAACGCUAACUCCAUCACCACAAACAAUUGGGAACCUUCCCCUGCCACUGAGCCAAUUAAGCAAGAGGGGAGAGCCGAUGAUUUUGUGGAUGCAAUCUUGUCUCUGCCUGUCAAGUUCGAGGCCAACAGCAGUGUCUCACUCCGUGUCGUUAAGGAGGAGGAAGAGCAGCUAUUGGAGCCUGUGAAAGAUGAGAAGGCUGAUGAUUUACUCGGUGCAAGUUCAUCUAUACCAAUUGACCUGGAGGCCAAGAACGGCGAUGCAUCCCUCAUCACGGAAGUGAUGAAAAAGGAAGAAGAGCAGCUUGAGAAGGCCAGGCUUCAGGCAGAGGAGGAAGCCAGGAAAAGGGAAGAAGCUGCAAGACUUGCUUUUGAUCCUGAGACACGGUAUAACAAGUUAGAUGAGCUUCUAUCGAAGACGCAACUCUUUUCAGAGUUCCUACUUGAGAACAUGGAUAAAAUCGCCGAUGAAAGUGUUGAAACUCCAGCUGAAGAGUCACAGGUAGAAGAGAAGAAGAAAGGGCGUGGCCGAAAGAGGAAAGCAAAGCCACAAUAUAAUGAUAAGAAGGCUAAGACGGCAGUGGCAGCCAUGCUUACAAGAUCUCGCGAGGAUCGCCUUGCGGAGGAUUGUACUCUUUCGGAAGAAGAAAGGUGGGAAAAGGAGCAGGCCAAUCUUGUGCCAUUAAUGACUGGUGGGAAGUUGAAGUCAUACCAGAUAAAGGGUGUGAAGUGGCUUAUAUCAUUGUGGCAGAAUGGGUUAAAUGGGAUACUUGCUGAUCAAAUGGGACUUGGGAAAACAAUACAGACAAUUGGAUUUCUUGCUCAUCUGAAAGGGAAGGGCAUGCAUGGUCCAUACUUGAUAAUCGCUCCUUUGUCCACUCUCUCAAACUGGGUGAAUGAAAUCUCAAGGUUUACUCCAUCUCUGGCUAGUAUCAUUUAUCAUGGAGAUAAGGUGGCCCGGGCAGAGAUAAGAAGAAAAUUUAUGCCCAAAACUGUUGGCCCUGAUUUUCCAAUAGUUGUGACUUCAUACGAGAUGGCCAUGUCGGAUGCUAAAUUUCUUGCUGUACAUAAGUGGAAGUAUGUUGUUGUGGAUGAGGGUCAUCGGUUGAAAAAUUCUAAGUGUAAAUUAUUGAGGGAGAUAAAGCGCAUCCCAAUGGAUAAUAAGCUCCUUUUGACUGGGACACCCCUGCAGAAUAAUCUAGCAGAACUGUGGUCACUAUUGAACUUCAUUUUGCCUGAUAUAUUCUCAUCACAUCAGGAAUUUGAGUCAUGGUUUGAUUUUUCUGGGAAAGGGAAUGAAGAAAAACAAGAAGAAACUGAAGAGAAGAGAAGGGUUCAUGUUGUUUCAAAGCUUCAUGCCAUUUUGCGUCCGUUCCUUCUAAGGCGGAUGAAGGAGGAUGUGGAACAGAUGCUUCCACGAAAGAAAGAGAUAAUCAUUUAUGCCAAUAUGACUGAACAUCAGAAGCAGAUCCAGGAUCACUUGGUUGAAAAAACAUUUGACAACUACUUGCAUGAGGAAUCAGAUAUUGUAUUGAAGAGACCUGGCAUAAAGUCGAAGUUGCAUAAUCUAGUAAUUCAACUGAGGAAGAAUUGCAACCAUCCUGAUCUUUUGGAAUCUCCAUUUGAAUCAACAGGUUUAUAUCCACCUGUUGAAAAGAUUUUGGAACAAUGUGGCAAAUUCCAACUUUUUGACAGGUUGCUAAAUUUCCUGCUCGCACAAAAGCACAAGGUUCUAGUAUUUUCACAAUGGACAAAAGUGUUGGACAUUAUUGAGUAUUACCUAGAUUCAAAAGGCCUUGAGGUUUGCCGAAUUGAUGGUAGCGUUAAAUUGGAAGAAAGGAAAAGGCAGAUAGCAGAAUUCAAUGACUUGAAUAGCAGUAUGAAUAUCUUCCUCCUGAGCACGAGGGCUGGUGGACUUGGCAUCAACCUUGCUUCUGCUGAUACCUGUAUCCUCUAUGACAGCGACUGGAAUCCUCAGAUGGAUUUGCAGGCUAUGGAUCGAUGCCACCGGAUUGGCCAAACACGCCCGGUGCAUGUAUAUAGGCUGGCUACUUCACAUUCUGUUGAGGGACGGAUCAUUAAGAGAGCUUUUGCGAAGUUGAAGCUAGAGCAUGUGGUGAUCGGCAAGGGACACUUCGAACAAGACAGAGAGAAGCCUAAUGCCUUAGACGAGGCCGAGCUGCUGGCGCUGCUGAGGGACGAGCAGGCCGAUGAAGACAAGCUGGUACAGACCGACAUCAGCGACGAGGACCUCUUGAAGCUGAUGAACCGGAGCGACCUCCCCGGCCCACCUGGUGCUGCCGACGCGACGCCUCUGAUCCCUCUGAAGGGCCCUGGCUGGGAGGUUGUCGUACCGACAAAGAGCGGCGGUGGCAUGCUCUGCUCGCUCACGAGCUGAGCAGUUGACAAAGAGCCGCGCUAAUCAGGCUAUGUUUUGGAUGUGUGGCUGUUUCAACUGCGCGUUUGCGCCUGCAUUAGUAGAUUAGGCCAUGUAAAUAGCCCUUGCAAGCUGCGCUCUGAUCUGUGCUCUGCUGUUGUGAUGCUGCAUUUUGUUUGUGGUCUAAGUUCAGCAACAGCAGCUGCAGCAACUCUAGACUACUGUUAGUCCGCGCAGAGCGGGUUGCUUUGCCUGGGUAUGCUUAGUAUCGGUAUGGGUUCUGCUUCGACUAUCCAUCUGUAAUGCCGUAUAUAACUCCUCUGCUGUUUGAAGGCAUAUAGUAUAGUUAGUA